UCAUCUUCUAUUCCUACCCCAGACCAAAUGGAGGAGCAGCAGCCAGUAGAAGAUAUGGGAACCAUCAAUAAUACUAUUCCUGAUGAACUCAUCUUUGAAAUCCUCUCAAGGCUUCCAGUCAAGUCCCUCUUGAGGUUCAGGUGCGUUUCAAAAUCUUGGCUUUCCUUAAUCUCUAGCUCGGAAUUCAUUAAAGCCCAUCUCGAGAAAUCGUUAAAUGAGGAUGACUACAAUCGCCAUAAGCUCCUUUUCAUUUCUGAUAGAAUUUUCAAGAAUUGUUCUCUGAAUCCUGCACUGAAUGCAUCCAAGACUCCCAGUACUGAGACAAGCGCAAAUAUUGUUGACAAUCCCAUGAGAUUCAACCGUGGUAGUUUGCCUUAUAUUGUGGGUUCUUGUAAUGGUUUGGUAUGCAUCAAAAGUCCUCGAAAUCGACUGUAUUUCUGGAACCCUGCAACAAGAAAAUCUAAAAGGUUGCCCAAGUUUGGUAGCAAAACUGUGCACAAUAAUUGGUGGGACUCUUUAUUUUGUUAUGGCUUUGGAUAUGAUGAGUCUAAUGAGGAUUACAAGGUAGUUGGGGUGUCGUUUGUAAAUGUUUCUGAUGUUUUCGGUACAGAAAUCCGGGUUAAGGUGUAUAGUCUAAAAGGUAAUUCGUGGAGGAGGAUUCAGGAGGAUUUUAAGGUGGGUGAUAUGAAUGAAUAUGGUUGCUUUGCAAAUGGAAAGCUCCACUGGGUCUCGAAUCGUAUUCCUGGCUCUGAUGACGUACGGAAAAUUAUUAGUUUUGAUUUGGCGAGCGAGGCAUUUGGAGAGGUGGAAAAGCCAGAACAGUGGAUGGGUUUUUCUUCUGAUUGGAAUUUACAUGUUUUAGAUGGACAUCUGUCGCUGUCUUAUGAUCAGGGAAGCAAUCUUGUGGAUGUUUGGGUGAUGGAGAAGGAUGGUGCUAAUGAAUCAUGGGCUAAAGUGCUUUCGAUCCUUAAUCUCAGUCAGCCUAGUGGUGAAAUUUUUUUGAAACCUGUUUUUCUGUCCAAGGAAGGUGAAAUUCUGUUUAAAUAUGGGCCAGUCAUAGCGCUUUACAGUACAAAGGAUAAUGCUUACAACUAUCCCCGGGUUACUAAUUUGGGAGAUCUUGCGCAAGUGGAGGUGUAUGUUGAAAGCUUACUUUCUCCAAAUGCUGUUGAUGGAGUAUGAAUGCACAGGGCUGGAGACCACUAAAAGCAGGUCCAUUGAAGGCAGAGGUACAGGGUUGUAGAGCAGAUGGUUCUUAGGCUACUGCUCCAUUCAUUUCGCAUUACAGGCAAAGGCUUGGUCUUCUGCUUUUGCAGCAGACUGCAAAAUUUUGUCUCUAGCUGUUUGGUUGAACCUGAAGAGCAGUAGUUUUUCUCCACAGUGUUGUAUCAUUCAAAUACUCAGCUUACAGUAUGUGCAAUAUGGUAUAUAUUCCUCAGAGUAAAUAAGAUAAGGUCUUGUUUAAUUUUGCAAUGGUUGUACAUAGUCCUGGUAUGUUUAAUUUUCUGUGCAGAAACUUUAUGAGCCUAUAUCUUGAAAAGGAGAAAUAUUCUUGUACUUGUGUGCAGUAACUGGUGAGCAACUAUUUGAGCUAAUAUUUUCUUCA